AUUUUUUCUCAUUUUUCUCGCUUAGAUGGAAGGGCCUUUAGGAAACAUGAUCCCCGCAGCUACCUGGUUAAUGAUGAGACUCAGCUAAAGCUCUCCCCGGGUGUCGCAAGGCUUCCGCGAACGUCCAACGGAAGUCCAACGGAGCGACAGUCUGUACCGGAGGGGUGCUUGUGAGUGGCCCUCUGCCCCCUCACGCCCCCCAUUCCCCCAGCCUCCCCAGUACACCUUAACUGCGCCGCCUUCGGAUAAGAGCGGGUCGGGGGUGGAGGAAGGUCUUGGGGGAGGAACACAAGGCCAGCAGCAGCAGAGGACUAUAAAGAGAGUGGAGCAGCGGUCUGUGUAUGAGUUGAUUCCUGCUUGCUGUUGCUGAUACAUCCACAACACCAACGAUAACAACAAUGCGUGUUCUGGCCGUGCUGUGUAUGGUGGUGCUGAUGGCUGCCGCUGUCCUGGGUGGACGUCGCUACGGCGGCGGUGGGCAUUUCGGCGGCGGCGGCGGCGGCUUCGGCGGUGGCGGCGGCGGAUUCGGUGGUGGCGGCUUCGGCCAUGGCGGUGGCGGAUUCGGCGGUGGCGGCGGCUUUGGCGGCGGCGGCUUCAGAGGCAAGGGCGGCUACGGCGGCUAAAGCAACAGGCCCGACCACACGCCCACGGCUCCGGCGCGGCCCUACUGACGAAAGCAGCGGCGGCGGGGACGUCAGUGGAGUGGAUUAUGAUUACGGUGAAUGUGGAGACUGUCGUGACCAAUAAAACAACCUGCAGGUG